AAUGAGAACAUCCUCUGAAUACGGGUGCUGAGGCAACCUUAUAUAUGUAGCUGAUUGAGUGGUUAAUGGUGGCUAACUGGUUGAGAGCAAUAAUCUCAGUUCAUUUAAAAUGGCGACUCGACUGUUGAAGUUUGGUGCUGCAUUGCGUUUAUAUACUAACAAAACAAAUCUUUUAAAGUCACGUCGAGAAUGUUUUGCCACUGUAACAUCUUUAAAAGAGACACUCAUAAAUCAACCACCAACCAAGACAUCAACCCUCGACUGCGGAAUGAGAAUUGCAAGUGAAGAUAGUGGUGCUGCGACAGCAACUGUUGGCCUGUGGAUUGAUGCUGGGAGCCGUUGUGAAAAUGAUGACAACAAUGGUGUCGCCCACUUUAUGGAACACAUGGCAUUUAAGGGAACUGCAAAACGUUCUCAAACUGAUCUUGAAUUGGAAAUCGAAAAUAUAGGUGCUCAUUUAAAUGCUUACACAAGUCGAGAACAAACAGUUUUUUAUGCAAAAUGUUUAUCACAAGAUGUCCCAAAAGCCAUUGAAAUUUUGAGUGAUAUUAUACAAAAUUCAAAACUUGGUGAAUCCGAAAUUGAGAGAGAACGUGGCGUAAUAUUACGUGAAAUGCAAGAAGUAGAAACAAAUCUUCAAGAAGUUGUAUUUGAUCAUCUUCAUUCAAUUGCAUAUCAAGGCACACCACUUGGUCGUACAAUUCUUGGACCAACAAAAAAUAUUAAAUCAAUUACAAAGAACCACCUUGUUGAUUAUGUUAAAUCAAAUUAUGGUCCACCGAGAUUUGUCCUGGCUGGCGCUGGAGGUGUUGAUCACAAUCAACUUGUUGAACUCGCUGAUAAACACUUUGGUAAAAUGAAAGGACCACAUUACGAUGAAAUUCCACCCCUUGUACAACCUUGUCGUUAUACUGGAUCUGAAAUACGUGUACGUGAUGAUUCGAUUCCACUCGCACAUGUUGCACUUGCUGUUGAAGGUGCUGGUUGGACAAGCGCUGAUAACAUACCACUCAUGAUUGCUAAUACAUUGAUGGGUGCUUGGGAUCGUAGCCAAGGUGGUGGUGCCAACAAUGCCACAAACCUUGCUAGAGCAUCUGCUGAUGCUGGCCUUUGCCAUAGUUAUCAAAGUUUUAACACAUGUUAUAAAGACACUGGUCUUUGGGGUGUUUACUUUGUUAGUGAUCCAAUGCAACUUGAAGACAUGGUUGCCGUUAUUCAAAAUGAAUGGAUGAAAUUAUGUACAUCAGUUACUGAAAAAGAAGUGAACAGAGCUAAAAAUAUCCUGAAAACAAAUAUGCUCUUACAGCUUGAUGGUACCACAGCCAUUUGUGAAGAUAUUGGUAGACAAAUGUUAUGUUAUGAUAGAAGAAUUCCACUCCAUGAACUUGAAGCUAGAAUAGAAAGUGUCACAGCUAAAACAAUUCACGAUGUUGGUAUGAAAUACAUUUACGAUCAUUGUCCAGUUGUUGCUGCUGUUGGACCAGUUGAAAAUCUUCCUGAUUACAAUCUAAUCCGAAGCGGAAUGUAUUGGAUACGUGUUUAAGUAUCCACAUGAAAUAUAAUAAAUUAGUCAAUAAAACCUCAACAUAUAAAACGAA